AACGUUCCGAUAAGAAUCGAGAAUGGGGUUUCUCAUUAAAUAGUACGCAAGACGAUAUAUUCAUCCGCGAUAUUGUAAAGGCGGCUUCAAUAAUUAUCUUAUUUCUUGGUAGAGUUACGAUCAAAAGGGGCUGAAAUGCAUUCGGCUGUAAAAAAUUGGUUGAAUCGUGGCGAACUUGAGAGACUCGAAAAUGUUGUAUUGGAGGGUCGGGGCGCGCGUUUGUUAGGUGAACAGUCGCAAGAUCUUAGAACUCGUGUCUUCCUGAAGGGACUCCCCAACUAUUUGACGAAGAUCUCUCAAGUACACGAUGCUGUUGCGCGCGGCUCGUUAGCUGAAACGCAGAAGAUAAUUUCUGAGGAGUCGAAGAAAAAGCUGGCGAUCGCGAAAGAUUCAUGUGGAGUACCUUUGAUACACAAAGCGGUCUACCAUGAUCAACCCGAGAUAGUUUCUUGGCUCGUAGAAAAUUACCCUAUUACGCCACAACAGAAAGAUAGGGAGGGACGAACAGCCUUGCAUUAUUGUUGUGUAUGUAAAAAUCCUGAUCCAAUCUGGGAUAUUCUCGUAGAAGGCGGAUGUGACGCUAGUAUUUGUGACAAGAAAGGAAAUCCGGCCUCUUAUUACUUGGAACAUUCUUCGGAAAUUGAAUUACCGGAAGUAGAGAUGACAACUCGACGAAGAAAAAGUACCGCAAAGGAUAAUAUGGAUUUCAAACCCUCCAAUAUCAGAAUAUGGAUACACAACAAAGACAUCGGAAAAUUGCAGCAUGUGUUGUGGGAGGGACAUGGAUCUAAACUUCGAUGCGAAACCAGCAAUAAUCCGCGAAUAAGAAGAUUCUUAGAGGCCGUACCUUUUAUUAUGGGCACAAUAAAAGAUAUCCACGCAACAGUCAUUAAUAACGAUUUGGAAGGUCUCAAGACAAAAUUGGAGGAACCUAUUUUGCCCAUUAUUUUAUGCGGCAAGGAUGGAAAUGGCUUAAAUGCCCUUCACAAAGCUGCUGGUUUGGGAUACACGGACAUCGCACGUGAAAUCCUUGAAAGAUGCUCUGCAACGGUAACGGCUCAAGACAACGAAGGAAAGACUCCGCUGCAUUAUGCAGCUGCACUUAAGGACGACGGCGUUAUGUAUGAUCUUUUAACAGAGCACGGAGCCGAUGAAAGUAAAUUGGAUAACAGACAAAAAGCGCCUGCAUUUUACAAGAACCGCCCUUCGGACGUAGACCUGUCGAAUUUGUCAAUGAUACCGGAAGCGCCCCGAGUUUCCGAUACUUAUCCAAAAAGUUGGGACUGGAGAAUCUUGGAGGGAGCCAUUAUGCGAGGCAUGAAGAAGGUUAACAGUGACGAUAGCGCUUUUGGUAGUGCCGAAUCCACAAUGAAGGAUUCGGAUGAGAAGAAAGGCGAUGAUGAGCAAGAGAACGAAGAGGCAGAAACUCCGAAUGGAGACGAGGAGGCUGAGAAUCCAAAUGGAGAAGAAGAAGCACAAAAUGAAGAAGAACAAGAAGCACAAAAUGGAGAAGAGGAGGAAGCACAGAAUGGAGAAGAGGAGGAAGCACAAAAUGAAGAUGAGGCGAAUGACGGAGGAGACGAAAACGAAGCUGAAGCAGAAAAUAACGAAGAAGAUGCCACCAAUGAGAAUGAAGAAGAGCAAGAGGAAAAAGCAUCAUCGGACGAUGACGUGGUAACUGGACCUGUCGCGGAGCCAACGAAAGACGAGGAGGAUGGUCCUGAGGCCGCCGAUAAUGAGGAUGGUAUCUAUGAGGAAUCUCCGAAGAUCGAGGAAAGCGCCACCGUCAAACACGAAGAAAGAAACGAGCCUAGUACUGGCGAUUCUGGCGUUGACGAUCCUGCACAAGAUGAAGAGCAGCAGGUCAUCGUCGGCGAACACAAGGAGCCCGCGGAAGUAGAAUUGACUGAGGGUAGCAUGGGUCGAGAUUCAGAAAUAGAUAGUUUAAUAGAAAAUGACAACAUGGAACAAUUAGCGACUCUCGUUCUCAAUGGUGAAGGCCGACGAUUGGUCGGACGACAGUGCGGAAAUCCCGAACUUCAAGCUUUCAUCGACCACGUUCCGACUUAUAUGGGAAAAAUUCAUGCUGUGCACACGGCAGCGCGAGAAGGAAAUCUUCGAGACCUGCAAAGCGCACUGGAUCGCCGUAAAUUCGCAGUGGCGCGAGACGAAUUGUCACCCCACGGCGCAACGCCAUUGCACGUGGCUGUUGUUUUUGGAAAUACCAUUAUCAUUAGGUAUCUGGCAGGGAGGUUUCCAGAAACUACCAACGCGAUCGAUCUCGACGGACGAACUCCAUUACAUUACGCUGCGACGCUCGCAGACAACGGUCAUUACUAUAAUCUUUUGCUACAUCUGGGUGCUAAUCCUUUAGUAGAGGAUAACUUCGAACAAAAGGCAGAUUAUUACAAGAGAAAUCAAAACGACCUAUCGCACAAAAAACUUCUUCACAAUUUCGGGGCUAGCGAGGCACUCGCCGAUGAAAUGUUGACGGAUAAAGGUAUUUCUUGAUUUGAAACAUUUCAAAGCACCAUUAGCAAUCGCAAAAUUUGCUUAUUCGCUUUUCCUCAUCAACCUACAUCUCUCAACGCCGAUGUAACCCGGCUGUUCUUUCAACCGCCGCUGCUGCUGACUCGACCGAGAUCUAUAGUACCCGGAGGUGAUAUCUACUCGGCUCGGCGGGACGUGAGCGAGCCUGAGGUCCUGGCAACCCUGGAACGAUGUUUCCGAUUGUUGGCGGGCAACCGACGAUCAUCGUUACCGAAAACCCCGUCGUCGAACGCCGGUACACUAGUCGCUCGUUGCCUAAAACGACCCGUGUUCGAUUUGAUCAAGCACCGUGUGACUCGCAUGGAUCACAAUCUCUUUGACGUGAUCUGGCCUUCUCUGAAAAGGUACGGUACCGUCACGGGCAACGGAAGCAAGACCAGCAUGAGUGCUCGCUCGAACAUCAGCAGCAUCGCAGACGAAGAUCACGGUUAUGGCGUGGUCGCGCCUGAUUUUGAAAGUUAUGUCGUCUUUACGGAGUUCUUCGAUCCCUUCAUUCGGGAGCUGCACUGCGUAACCGCGAGCGGCGACCUACCCAAUCAUUCGCUACCAUGUUUUUUCAGCGAAAACGAUGAGGGCGAAGGUCCGCCGGAUGAAACGAUCGUCACCGCACUCGAACAAUACGAUUUAGACCCGACCGCCAAAUAUAUCCAAGCUGGUAUUUUAGAGUGCACCCGGAACCUAGUUAAUUACAGCCUGCCAUUGACUUUGACAGUCAAUCAACUGGAGGAGGUCGAAAGGGAAAUCACCAAUCAACUAAUGAGCCCAGAGAUAACCGACCUGAUGGCGGAAGGAAGCAGCGAGGACGAGGCCGGCACAUAUUUCACGCUUAAUGAAAUUCUCGAGCAACCCAGCCAAAUACGGGCGCAAUUAGCGGCAGCCGGUCUAUUGUUACCAAUCACGGAGUUCGAGCCAAACGACGAACGGCGUCUUCACGGCAAGCAUUGGCCUUAUGGACGUGGUGUGUACGUCACCACCGCCGGCGAUCUCGCGGCAUGGGUAAACAUUCAGGAUCACUUGAGGGUCAUCUGUCGCACCAACGAGAACCGGCCAGGUUUACUAGGUCGCGCUUAUGUUAGGGUAGCUAAACUGAUGAUGAUAUUCGACCAAAGACUGAAAUUCAAACGAGAUCAGAAGCUAGGUUUUCUGUCCGCCCGACCGCACACACUCGGAAACACCAUCAGAUUCUGCCUGAUCUUACGAUUCCCUGAACUUUCGAAAACGCCUGACAAUUUGCGACACCUAUGCGUGGUGCGCGGCCUGAAUGUGCGCGACACCGUGAAAAGCGACAUGGUGAGGAUCGGCAAUCAACAAUCACUAGCCAUUACCGAACUGCAGACCCUCCAGGAUUUCUCCAGAGCGGUGCACAAUAUCAUCACGCUGGAGAAGGAAUUAUCGUUGAACAACUCGAUGAAGAUCGCCAAUCUCAUCACUGAUGAUAGCGGAGUUGAUAUUCCAAUAUUUCGCACGGAGGAAGGACAUUACUUAGCAUCAUCGCUGGGUGAUCCUUUAAUUAAAGGAUUAACAGAAGUAGCUAAUACACGUCCAAAGGAUCCGAUCACAUACCUUGCGACAUAUUUAUACAACUUUGCCAGCAAGAACAAAGCCAACGAACAGGAAUCUGAUGUCCUCUUAAUACCCGAACACGAAGAAGAAAAUUUGGAUAAUAAUAUCGAGAACGACACGUUCGACGAUGACGCCGGUUAUCCUCAAAGCCCAGAUUCGGAUAUACCUGAAUCCACAUUUAGCAAUCCUAACAGGGACGAACAUGGGCAAAGUAUGGUCCACUUCGCUGCGGUUCGUUCCUAUUCAAAGGAUGGUUUAUAUCACCUGCUGCUGGAGACACAAGUCAAUGUCGGUUUCAGGGACGAAUUGUAUCGAACAGCCAGAGACGUUGCCGAACAGGCGAACAUCCAGGAAAACAUCGAAGAGAUCGACCGCUUCGUUAUUUAUCUUGCGGCAAGAGGAGAGACUGAAAAGUUGGUCGAGCUUCUACUUGAGGGCUACGAUCACAUUCUAGACACCGAAGAUGACAGAGUAAGCAUCACCGAGAUAACCGCGCAAAGAAACCACGAAGCUACCGUACAAUUUCUACAAUCAAUUUCUAAUUACAUAAAUCAACGCGAAGAAGUACAUGCUGCUGUUCGGGCCAACGACGAGAAACGUGUAAAGGAACUUUUGAGUAAAAAUAAUGGGGGUGGAAAAUUGCUGGCGGUUGGAAAGAACUCGGCUGGCCGAUGCGCUCUGCACAUCGCUGUACUUCUAGAAAAUGAAGAACUUGUCAAGUUUAUCGCAAAAACAUAUCCAGAAACAUUACGCAUCGGUGAUAAUUUGGAGAGAACGGCUCUUCAUUACGCAAUGGGCGUGACGUCCGUGGAAGUCUUGAGUAACAUAUUGAUCAAGGCGGGUGCGAAACGCAUCGUCAAAGAUCUAAAAUCCCGGCAACCUUCAUAUUACUUCAUGAAUAAGUCUGAUAUCGAGCGACUUCAAGAAGAGGAAAAAUCUAUGAUUGAGUAAAUGACGUAAAUCAUACAAUGUUAAAUAUGCACGGUCGUCGUAAUAAUACGAUCACACACUUUAAUAUGUUCAUGCGUUCCAUUGAAAUGUUAUAUUGAAAAACGAAGGCCGAUAAGAGAAAGAAAAAAUCAAUAUCAAUAAAGAAU